UGAAAUCACCUCGCCUGUGUCCAUCAACAUUACAUAAAGAAAUAACUGCAGAUAUCAGAUCAGCUGCUGCAAUAAAAGGCACAAAUGGUCCAGAUCAUACAGGAUUGUUGGUUAAUUUUAGGUUUGUUCUCUUGGGCUCUCGGCCAAUCAGCAGUCCCAUUUCUUCACAUAGUCACAGCAAGACCCACCAAUGACCUCAUGGUCGCCCAAGCCUGCUGUGUGGGAGGAGAGACUUUACCUGAGGAGGUCAGAAGCACUUCCUCCUCCACCACGUUUAGACUCAGGUUCGCCUCCCCUGGCUUAUGAGCACUCAGGCAGCCCACAGCAGAAGGAACCCGCCGUGAUGAGGGGCAGUGACAACUACCAGCCCGUCCCUGGUGAAGAGAAGAACCUGGAUGUGGACUUUGUCAACACUGAGUCCAAGAGCAAUGAAUCAAUACCAUUGAAAAACCUGUAUCCACGGUUAGGCCCAUACUUCUCUGAUGGGCGGCAGGUGGACUACGUGCUGGCAUACCACAUCCAGAAGCCCAGCAGCAUCCGACGCCGGUUGUCCAGGUUUGGUGACAACAACUUCAUACGACGGCUUCGGCGCAGCCUGAGCAUGAGAAACAGCCGAGCCCAUCUGCAGCCAAAGGAAGACCCAGAGAUCGCUGCCCAGGAGCAACAGACUGACUAUCAUGAGGAUGACAAGCGCUUCAGGCGGGAGGAGUUUGAAGAAAACCUCCUGGAGAUGGGGCUGGAGCUGGAAAAAGAUGAAGCGAGUAAGAUCCCAGGAAUCGGCUUCUUAAAGAUCCAUGCCCCUUGGAAUGUUCUCUGUCGAGAGGCUGAGUUCAUGAAGCUCAAGAUGCCAACAAAAAAGGUUUACGAAGUCAAACAAGGCAGUAAUCUGGUGGAGAAGAUCCGACUGUUCAUUCACAAAGUCACAGCUCCUCUCCACCCAAAGGUAGACGCUAACCGACCACAAAGCGUCAAAUCCCUCUCUCACCCUUUCUCCCGAGAGAAGCAGCAUCUAUUUGAUCUGUCUGACAGGGACAAGUUCUUUGACAGCAAGACCAGGAACUCAAUAGUCUAUGAGGUACUGAAGAGGACAAGAUGCACCAGAGCUAAAUACUCCAUGGGGAUCACCAGUCUGCUAGCCAAUGGUGUCUAUACAUCUGCUUAUCCUCUGCAUGAUGGAGACAUUGAUGGCGUGAAUGCAGAAUCUAACGACAGGAAGCUGCUGUACGAGGAGUGGGCCAGCUACAGUGUCUUCUACAAGUAUCAGCCUAUCGGACUCAUCAGGAAGUAUUUCGGGGAGAAGGUUGGACUGUAUUUUGCCUGGUUAGGAGUCUACACACAGAUGCUGAUCCCUGCAGCUAUUGUAGGAGUCAUUGUAUUUCUCUACGGCUGUGCAACUGUCGAUGAUAACAUACCAAGUAUGGAGAUUUGUGAUCCCAGGAACAACAUCACCAUGUGUCCGCUGUGCGACCGCGCCUGCAGCUACUGGAAGCUGGUGACAGCGUGUGGUACAGCCCGAGCCAGCCACCUGUUUGACAACCCAGCCACCGUCUUCUUCUCCAUCUUCAUGGCCCUCUGGGCGGUUCUCUUCAUGGAGCACUGGAAGAGACGGCAGAUGCGACUCAACUAUCUCUGGGACCUCACGGGCUUCGGAGAGGAGGAGGAGGAGGAGCAUAAGGACCACAACCGAGCGGAGUACGAGUUCAUGGUCAUGCGAAAGACAAUGAGGCGGGAACAUUCAACCCCGAAGGGUGAGAAGGUGAAGCUGACAUGUACAGACAGACUGCCAGCUUACCUGACUACUGUGGUCAUGAUGGGCUUCAUGAUCCUUGUGACGUUUGCCAUAGUCUUCGGGGUCAUCCUGUACCGGAUUAGCAUUAAAGCUGCACUGCACAUGAGCACCUACCCUGCAGCACGGUCCAACAUCAGAGCCACUGUCAAAACUACCGCCGCCAUCAUCAACCUCAUCGUCAUUAUCAUCUUAGAUGAAUUCUAUGCCGCCAUCGCCCGCUGGCUCACCACACUGGAGGUUCCAAAGACAGACAAGAGCUAUGAAGAGCGCCUCAUCUUCAAAACGUUUAUCUUGAAGUUUGUCAAUGCCUUCACACCCAUUGUCUAUUUGGCCUUUUUCCGGGGCAGGCUUGUUGGGCGGCCUGGAAACUACUUGUAUGUUGUUGGAUCGUACAGAAUGGAAGAGUGUGCCCAUGCAGGCUGCCUCAUGGAGCUCUGCAUUCAGUUGUGCAUUACCAUGCUGGGCAAGCAGCUCAUCCAGAACAACCUGUUUGAGAUUGGCAUACCGAAGCUGAAGAAACUGCUUCGGAGGAGGAAGUCAGAGUUGGACUCAAAGCAAGAGGAGGAGCUGAACAAAACCCUGCAGCGUCACGAGAAAGACCACUUCCUGGGUCCUUUCACUGGCCUCAGCCCCGAGUACAUGGAGAUGAUCAUCCAGUUUGGGAUGGUGACUCUUUUCGUGGCCUCCUUCCCUCUGGCUCCGCUCUUCGCUCUUCUGAAUAACAUCAUUGAGAUUCGCCUGGAUGCCAAAAAGUUUGUUAUGGAGCUGCGUAGACCAAUUGCAGCCAAAGCCAAAGACAUUGGUAUCUGGUACAACCUCUUGAGAGGCCUCAGCAAGGUAGCAGUCAUUGUUAAUGCCUUUGUCAUCUCCUUCACCUCUAACUUCAUCCCACGGCUGGUCUACCAGUACAUGUACAGCCCUGAUGGCACCAUGCACGGCUUCGUCAAUCACACUCUGUCUUACUUCAAUGUCAGCGACUUCCAGCCAGGAACAGACCCUCUCGAGCCACUGCACCUGGGCUACAAGGUCGUAAUAUGCAGAUAUAAGGACUACCGAGAGCCUCCCUGGUCCAGCACACCAUAUGAACUCUCUAAGGAGUUCUGGGCUGUUCUGGCCGCCCGCCUUGCCUUUGUUAUUGUCUUUCAGAACUUGGUGAUGCUUAUGAGUGACUUUGUGGACUGGCUGAUCCCUGACAUCCCUAAGGACAUCAGCCUCCAGAUGCACAAGGAGAAGAUCCUCAUGGUGGAGCUCUUUAUGAAGGAGGAGCAGGGCAAAAGGCUUGCAGCACGGGACAACUGCACCCAGGACAAUUGCACCCCCCCCUCGUCAGCCAAUCAGAGCCCUCUACAGCCCCGCUCAAGACCCGUCUCACACACCAACUGCUGUUAAACUACUAGCAGCUAGGCUCUGGGAGAACAUCAUCAAGUAAACAAAACCUGUAUACAAACUAUACAGAAGUUAAUCAGCUGGUUAAAGCUUGCUGGUUAUCCAUUAACACAUCAUCAGUUGUAAUAUUCAGCUAAGCUUUUGCUCCAUUUAUAUUGUUUGGGAAUAUUUGCAGGCAUGAUCUGACUGUUUAAACUUAAACUUUAACCAAAAAUCCUGCAAGUAGUUAGAUAUAUGAUAACAAAACAUUAUUUAUUGGAUGUCUUUGAAAGGAACAAGCCAUUAGCUUCAUUUGACUCGCAGUGAAUUUCCUUGUUGACGAGAUCGUCAUUCAGGAUGUUUGAGAAAGCAGUGCAACCCCCCCCACACACACACACAUACACACACACACACACACAGCCUAAGUUCAUACCUCUCUCGAUACGUGAAUGCAGCUUUUGUAUUGAAGACAGCCUUUGUCACUCCAUCCAAGUCAUCCUCAUGGAAUGUUGCUGAUGAGAACACAAAAUGAGAUCCUCCUUCCUGCCAUCAAUGUACAUCUCCGAGACACUUUCAGACAUUAACUGAUUUCUUGGUUCUCGAUUGUUUGGCCACUUGAGGGCAGCAGAACAAUAUGAAAACACAACAUAGACAUAUUGUCACCAAAUAACAUAGCUAUGGCGAGCGUAACAAUUACUUACAAAUCCAACACAGAGCGUCAUUAGCAUUCAUCAGUCCAGUAUUUACCGUGCUUUUAGCUCAAGCAGCUAUAUUUUUCUCUGGUUCUUUGAUUAACUUGUAAUAAGCUAAUUGCUAUCAGUCUGCUGUUUGUUGCUGAGCUGGUUGUGGAUAGUCAGAUCUGUCUGAGAAAACAUCUGCCUGCUGCUGGAGACAAGGUUGAUAUGAAGUUUGCCAUGAAACCAAAAUAUAAAAAUAAAGAGCUCCAGGAUGCUAAAACUCUCUGUAGGGCUGAGGGGAACUCAUAAAUAAGCAAGAGCUUUAAAAUUACACAUAGUAAUGCGAUCCAUGGUUAGUAUUCUAAAUGACUAGCUGCUAUAAACAACACUACUCCAAAUGAAUGCUGCUCUGUCUACUAGAUGUGUACAUGUGAAACUAUUUGGUAAAAAGUUCAACUUAAAAGGUGAUAAUCUGCUGCCCCCUAGUGGCCACAAAGGCUGUAGCAAGCUCUCCAUUUUCAUUUGGAGACUCCAGCAUUUCAUCUUUUGCCUCCCCUGUUCAUUUUUUGUCUUUUGGGUCAUCAAUGAACUGGGGCAGGGUGCGGUUUGAGGAUAUCACCUGCGUUUCCUCUAAUGUUUGACAGAAUUCAGUCACUUUUUAACCAUCGAUGGAAAUGUUGGUUUAUGCAGCUUUAAAGAGCCCAGCAGUAAUUGUUUUUUAUUCCUCUGAUUUAAAACCAUAAAAACCAUUAACACCUUGUAUAUUGUGAAUACGCUCAGCUUUAUUUGAGAUUUUGCUGAGUAAAACAAUUUUCCCAUGCAGCAGCUCAUACUGAUGUUUGCUAAUGCCCGCUAGCUAGUUAGUAUAGAGUUAGCAACUGGAAAUCAAAUGUCCAUUUCAAAUGUAUGUUUAACCAUUUAGGGCACAGGCGAGCUGACAGUUGUGUACUGAAAAUGGAGCUUAAUGUGCUCAUGUUUAAAGCCACAUUUACCAGUACAAGUGUGUGUAGACAGUGUGUGCCAUCAUGGGAUUGAGGAAUCUUGCCACAUUCAUGUCAAAUUCAAAGUUAAAGGGACUCUUUGUUUCUGCUCAAGUAGGAAUAUUUUCGUAUGACUGGACAGCAGCUUGUUCAAGUGACCACAGUGACAGUUGGUGAGUGAGGUGACAGCUUUCCUGACUCUCUUACUGGGAUACAGUGUGAAACCAUGAGAGGCAGCACUGUUUCAAUAUUAUUAUCUUGGCUUACAUUAACCUUAUAAAUCAUUAGGCAUCUUUCGUAAAGCUGCAAGUCUUUAACUAUUCAAGACUAAAUAAUGUGUUUUGUAUUUAUCAAACUGCAAAAACAUCUGUGAGUGACUACAAAUCACUUUGAAGAACAUAAAUGUACUGCAGACUUUCAUUGAUGUGUCAAAUCUGGCCCGCUGCUAUAAAUAUAUUGAAUUAUGCCAAAUUUAUGCCCUCAACCCAGACAAUAGAAUGUAUUGAAUGUUUAAUUUUCAGUGAUGUAGAAUCACGUCUAGGUCAAAAUGUUGCAUAUCUUAGUUUCAUGACAAUGCAUUUUUAAGUGUAUGAGAUGAAAGGGUUUUAUCAGUUAGCAGGGGACCACUGAUCUAUCAACUAGACUAUCACAAUGACCGUGAUAAACUUUAUCUUAUUGUCUUCAUUUUAAUUUAAUGUACUAUAAACCUUUAACAUAGACCCAUUUCGCUGGAAGGAUGCCUGGGAAAACAUCUUCUAGAUACAGCCUACCAAGAUGUCACUUCCUUCUGGAAUAUGACUUUUAUUUUUACCUAAUCUUAAAAAUAUUAAUACUGUGUAUGUAAGUAGGUUUAGUGUUGAUAUUCAGUGAUAUAUUACAUGCUGCCACAGGGCUGUGGAGCCUGUUUAAGCUAGACAUUCCUUUUUUUUCAUAUAACCUGAUGUCACAUGUGAAGACCCUUCCUCAAUAUCCCUCAUGUGAUGUCCUCCUCCUGCCGUCUGUUGCCAUGCUGUAUUUACAGCAUUAAUAAAACCCUACAUGUUGUGACAUGCUAAUGUCUAUUAUAAUGUAUGUAAAAGCACAUUUUAAAACGUGUACGUAAAUGCAUGUGUAACCUAUUUGUCUGUCUCUGAUAUUUUGAGUCUUUUUUGUUUAAACUAUCUGCAAAUAAAAAAGAUGAACUGCA